AAGGAUGUCUUCUCUUUCUGCUGAGGAAAUGAACCGCCUCCUGCUUCUUGCAACUCAUAUCAGAAUUGGAAUGUGAAGCUAUAAAUAAAAUGGAUCCAAUGUCGGGGGCCAGAUCAAUUGUUAUUUCUGUGGAGGGAAUGACAUGCAAUUCUUGUGUACAGACUAUUGAACAGCACAUUGGAAAAUUAAAUGGGGUGCACUACAUUAAAGCUUCACUGGAAGAUAAGAAUGCAGCCAUUAUUUACAACCCCAAAGAGCAAACUCUGGAGUCACUACAGGAAGCUAUAGAUGACAUGGGGUUUGAUACUGCUCUUCCUGAUGCAAACCCACAAUUUGUUUUACAAGACACCAUUUUUCUUACAAUUCCUGCACAGUCAACUUUAACAUGUGAACAGAUCCGUACCAACCUCCUAAAGACCAAGGGCAUUUUGGAUGUGAAAAACUCCUCUGACAGAAAAUCUCUAGUUGUAACUUUUGUCUCUUCUAUUAUAAAUGGCAAGCAGGUCAACCAAAUAGUACCAGGAUUAAGUUCAGAUAAUGCAGUACAUGAGAGAAAUCCAGGAACGUUUGAAGAUUUGAGUUUAUCCCAAACAAGUGAUGUGGUGAGGAUGAAAAUAGAGGGGAUGACUUGUCAUUCCUGCACUAGCACCAUUGAAGGGAAGGUUGGCAAACUGCAAGGUGUCACGCGAAUUAAAGUUUCCCUGGACAAUCAGGAAGCUGUGGUUAUGUAUCAGCCUCAUAUCAUCACAUCAGAGGAAAUAAAAAACCAAAUAGAAGCUGCAGGUUUCUUGGCAUCCAUAAAGAAGCCACCUAAACCUCUGAAACUCGGUGCUAUUGAUGUAGAGCGACUGAAGAACGCACAAACGGAGCACUCAGAAAGGGCUCUGCUAGAAAACCCAGAGCAUGCACUCUGUUUAAAGACCAUCACAUUCCGGGUGGAUGGCAUGCACUGUAAUUCGUGUGUCUUCAAUAUUCAGAGUAGCAUGUCAGCACUCCCCUCAGUAAAGAGCAUAGCUGUUUCUUUAGAGGAAAAAUCUGCCACUGUUAAGUACAAUCCCAGCCUAAUCAGCAUCAAUGCACUUAGAAGAGCCAUAGAAGCAGUUUCCCCAGAGACUUUUAAGGCCAGCCUUUUUGAUGGACGUCAAAAUGUUGAACUUUUGAACACCCCCAAAUCUCCACUGGAAACUCCUCCAAAAACUGUCAAUAGUACUGUGCAUCAUCCUCUAAUGAACGUCACAGUGAUCAAUAUAGAAGGAAUGACUUGCAAUUCUUGUGUGCAGUCGAUUGAAGGAGUAAUUUCCCAAAAACCUGGUGUGAAGUCAAUAUAUGUGUCACUUCUGAACCAUAAUGGGACUAUAGAAUAUGACCCAAUGCUGACCUCCCCAGAUGACUUAAAAAACUCCAUUGAGGACAUGGGUUUUGAUGCAUCCUUAACAGUACCACCAAGCACAGAACCUGUGGUGCUAAUAACUCAGCCCUCACAAGAAAGACUGACACAAUCUCAGGAUAAUAAACUCUCCAAAAUAGAAACUCACUCCAGUUUAUCAGUCCACAGUAAGCAGGAUAUAAAGGCACCAUUGAAAUGCUAUAUUCAAGUCAGCGGCAUGACCUGUGCUUCCUGUGUAGCAAACAUUGAAAGGAAUCUGAAGAGAGAAGAUGGAAUAUAUACUGUACUUGUUGCCCUAAUGGCUGGGAAGGCAGAAGUGAGAUAUAACCCUUCGGUCAUCCAGCCACCAACUGUAGCAGAAUUGAUUCGAGAACUGGGAUUUGGAGCUACAGUUCUGGAGAACUACGAUGAAGGAGAUGGCAUCCUGGAACUUGUGGUGAGAGGAAUGACAUGUGCCUCAUGUGUUCAUAAAAUAGAAUCCACACUCAUGAAAACAAAGGGGGUUCUAUAUAGCUCAGUAGCUCUUGCAACCAACAAAGCACACAUUAAAUAUGAUCCUGAAAUAGUUGGCCCACGAGAUAUUAUACAGAUUAUAGAGAAUUUAGGGUUUACUGCUUCCUUAGUGAAGAAAGAUAGAUCUGCUAGUCACUUAGAUCACAAACAGGAAAUAAGGCAAUGGAAACGGUCCUUUCUCGUAAGUCUGUUUUUCUGUGUUCCUGUAAUGGGGCUAAUGAUUUACAUGAUGGUUAUGGACAGCCAGAUGUCAGCCCUGCAUAAGGCUGGAAACUUGACAGAUGAAGAGAUGGAAGCAUACCAUUCCACUAUGUUCCUGGAGCGCCAGAUCUUUCCUGGGUUGUCUGUUAUGAAUUUGCUCUCCUUUGUGUUGUGCGUCCCUGUACAGUUGGUUGGAGGUUGGUAUUUCUACAUUCAAGCAUACAAAGCCCUGAAGCAUAAGAGUGCCAACAUGGAUGUGCUGAUUGUUUUGGCAACUACCAUUGCAUUUGUCUACUCCUUUGUUAUUCUGCUGGUUGCAAUGGCUGAGAAAGCAAAGGUCAAUCCUGUGACUUUCUUUGACACGCCGCCUAUGCUCUUUGUAUUCAUUGCAUUGGGGCGAUGGCUAGAGCAUGUAGCCAAGGGUAAAACAUCGGAAGCCCUUGCAAAGCUAAUUUCACUACAAGCAACAGAAGCAACUAUUGUUACUUUAGGCCCAGACAACAUUCUUUUGAGUGAAGAGCAAGUUGAUGUUGAACUGGUUCAGCGAGGUGACAUUGUCAAAGUGGUCCCAGGAGGCAAGUUUCCAGUGGAUGGUCAUGUAAUUGAAGGACAUUCUAUGGUGGAUGAAUCGCUCAUCACAGGUGAGUCAAUGCCUGUUACCAAAAAGCCUGGCACUACAGUCAUCGCAGGUUCUAUUAAUCAGAAUGGAUCACUCCUAAUCUCUGCAACCCAUGUUGGAUCUGACACCACUCUCGCCCAAAUUGUCAAACUUGUGGAGGAAGCACAAACCUCAAAGGCUCCAAUUCAGCAGUUUGCUGACAGACUUAGUGGUUACUUUGUUCCUUUUAUUGUCGGUGUUUCUGUGGUUACACUUUUUGCUUGGAUAGUGAUUGGAUUUGUCGAUUUUGAAAUUGUGGAAACCUAUUUUCUUGGCUACAAUAAGAGCAUUUCCAAGGCUGAAGUGGCAAUCCGCUUUGCUUUCCAAGCCUCCAUUACAGUGCUGUGUAUUGCAUGCCCUUGCUCAUUGGGAUUAGCAACCCCAACUGCUGUAAUGGUGGGUACUGGUGUAGGAGCACAAAAUGGCAUCUUGAUCAAAGGCGGAGAACCUCUAGAGAUGGCACACAAGGUUAAAGUUGUGGUGUUUGAUAAAACAGGAACCAUCACCCAUGGAACUCCAGUGGUGAUGCAGAUGAAGAUGCUAGUGGAGAGUAACCGGAUACCACGCAAUAAGAUUUUGGCACUAGUGGGAACUGCAGAGGGCAACAGUGAACAUCCUUUGGGAGCAGCUAUAACAAAAUACUGCAAACAGGAAUUGGACGCAGACACCCUUGGAACUUGUACUGAUUUUCAGGUGGUCCCUGGUUGUGGCAUUAGUUGUAAAGUCACCAACAUUGAAGCCCUACUGUACAACAGGAGUGAGAGUAUUGAAGAUAAUAAUGUCAGAAAUGCAGCUCUUCUGAACAUUGAGGAGACCACUGAGGAACUGACGCAGUCUGCCUUGAUCAUUGAUGAGCAGUUACCAACCACAUGGAGUACUCACAAGUAUUCUGUUCUCAUUGGAAACCGGGAGUGGAUGUCUAGAAACGGGCUUCUUGUCAAAAGUGAUGUUGACAAUGCCAUGAUUGAGCAUGAACGUCGAGGUCGCACUGCUGUUCUUGUCGCUGUGGACGGAGAACUUUGUGGUUUGGUAGCCAUCGCUGACACUGUGAAACCUGAAGCAGAGCUGGCAGUCCGAACUUUAAAGGCGAUGGGUUUAGAAGUUGUUUUAAUGACUGGUGACAACAGCAAAACAGCUAGAUCGAUUGCUUCUCAGGUUGGCAUCACUAAAGUGUUUGCUGAAGUGCUCCCCUCCCACAAAGUUGCCAAAGUCAAACAACUGCAGGAGGCAGGGAAACGGGUCGCAAUGGUAGGGGAUGGAAUCAAUGACUCCCCUGCUCUUGCCAUGGCUAACGUUGGAAUCGCCAUUGGCACAGGCACAGAUGUGGCGAUUGAGGCGGCGGAUGUCGUUUUGAUUAGGAAUGAUUUGCUGGACGUGGUGGCAAGCAUAGAUUUAUCACGGAAAACUGUCAAAAGGAUACGAAUCAACUUUGUCUUUGCUCUCAUUUACAACCUCAUCGGUGUUCCUGUAGCGGCUGGCGUCUUCCUUCCAAUUGGUUUGGUUCUGCAACCUUGGAUGGGCUCUGCAGCAAUGGCUGCUUCUUCGGUUUCUGUCGUGUUGUCGUCUUUACUGCUGAAAUUAUACAAGAAACCUACCUGUGAGAAAUAUGAACACCGUGCCAGGAACCAGUUGAGACAUAAGAGUCCGUCAGAAAUCAGUGUCCACAUUGGAAUUCAUGAAACCGGGCCAGGGUCUCCUAAGCUGAGCCUCAUGGACCGCAUUGUCAACUACAGCCGAGCCUCGAUCAACUCCCUCUUCUCUGACAAACGGUCCCUCAGUAGCAUCGUCCUCGGUGAGCCGGACAAGCACUCACUUCUCGUUGGGGACUUCCGGGAGGAAGAUGACACAACUCUCUGAAAGGCUUCUCUGGACAGAGUGGGCUUGGCUCUCUCCACGCACUGAUCUCUUCUGGAGGCUGGCCUGGCUGUACUUUGAGCAUUUUAAAAAAGAUCUUUGGGGGUUUAAUUGCUCUGUUGAAUUGGGCAAUUUUUUUUCAACACAGGUAAAUGGUUUCUGCACUGUUUUGCCAGUAUUAGCAAGCCAGAGCUCAACACACACACACACACGCACACACACGAGAGACAGAGCAGGUCCUGGAAGCCAAAUGCUGAGCAGCAUUGCUGAGCUGCUUUUCCAAUCAUUCGGUAAGACACCGAAAAUGGUUUCAGGGCAUUCUCUGGGAUUAUGAAAGGAGAGUCAUCAAUCAGCACGUGGUUUCCAGGCCAUCUCUUUGCAUAUGGCACGAUGCUGAUUGUCCACUAGACAUCAUGACGUUUAAAAUAGUUUCUUUUGUAAAACAGUUGUAUCUUAUUACGUAACAUUCAGGAUUGCUCUCCUUCAUGUAAAAAGGCUUUCCUCAGAAGAUGUCAAAACAGAGAUUUCCCCUGAUUUGGACAAGAGAGAAAGAAUUCCCAGUAUCUGUUUUCUCCCGCAUGCAAGCCUACCGAUCAGUACACUCCUCUGAGGCUGUGGCUGAGGGCACAGUGCCAACGAUGUGCCGUGAGUUUGGGGCAUCUGCUCCUGAUCUAGCCUCUGCCCAUGCAAAAAGUGAGGUGUCAAGGACCUCUUCCUCUCUUGUUGCUUGUGGGGAAGCAGCUUAAAAAUGCACAUCUUUGAAACUUGUGAGCAGGCAGCUGUGAUCCAUGUUUCAGGCUAGUCAGUAGAUCUAUAUCCUAGACUACGAGUGUAUUCAGAAAUUACAAAGAUGCACCUCUUCCAGCUCUUUCAAGUUACUUCUCUUCUUGCGUGUUGAGUGUGCUUAUAGUAAGCAGUCCUGAGCAUUCUUGACUCAUUUCCUUCUAAGAUAAUCAUAAGAUACCUUCAUUGGACUUUAGAUUAUUUUUAUUUUCGUUUUGAUAAACUGAAAUUGUCUCAGUUGUCUCAGUGCUACUCCUGCAGUUUGGUGUCAUGGCUGUAGUGUGGCAGCGGCGGCUGGUAUUAUACCAUACUAAAAAUAAUUAGUAGUGUCAGCGCUGCUAAGGUUACUCUAAGCCAAAGCACUUUUUAAACUAAGAUCCACAUUUUCUGGCUGGGGAUUUUGUUUCCCCGCCCCCCUUUGAGUCACAUUCUUUGAAGCACAUUCUUUGUUAGUUUAUGAACUUUUAAAAUGAAACUACUUUCUAAGGAGAGAAGUUGGUCCUUGGCUUACCCACAUUUCUUACAAUGUUUGUGGGUUAGCAGAUGCUAGAUUUUCUUGGCUGUAAAAAUGUCCUAAUCAGUGUUUUAGUAAGUGGUUACAGAGUCCUUCUACCUGAUAAUGGAAGCAUUGAUCUUUUCUUUAUAGCAUUUAAAGUAGCAAGCAAGACCUCGCAGGACCCAAGGCAUCUUUGAUUCCCCUCAUGAACCCAUACUUCGGGAUAGGGAAAGCCAUACCUUGGGACAGUCACAAAGCCCACACGGAGCAGCAGCAUCUGACUCAGGAUCGUAACCUUCCCUGGGACUUUCGAAACACACAUGCGUGCACACACAGAGUGCAGGGGCCGGCAUGCACAGUUCAAGGAUCAUUGGGUUAACCUGCCCCCUUUCCUUGGCCACCCAUCUCCUCCUAGCCACUCCUUCCCCCACUGCCAAUUUAGCUCAGACUGGAUUUCAAAGGAAAGUGGGGGGGGGGGGACUGUUUGCAGAUGAAAAUCAGCAGACAGGAGCAGGAAAAAAGAGCCCCUCCUGUUGGUUUGCUCCCACCUGCUGGCCCAUUUGAGGCAAACAUUGAGUCCUGUGCCAGCCAUCAAACAUCUAAUUCUGUUCUUAGCUGGAAUUUGCCCCAUGACUUUUAGCGAACAGCUCUUGCAUUUUAUCAUGUUCUUUUAGAAAAUAGUGUGGCAACCCUGAAAGACAACAGCAUAUAUAACUAGAUAACUUGGGGCAUCUGAAACUUAGAAUGUUUCUAAGAGUGCAGCUUAAAAAACAUAGAGCCAGAUUGGCUGCACAAAAGCAACUAGAAAGUUUCUUGAGGUAUCUUUCCUGUCAUGCCACACACAGUACUUUCCAAUCAAUCACUAUCAUCAUCAAGAUAGAAAGGACUUUCUUUAGAAAAUGCUCUUCCGUGUUUCAUCUCUACAAAAGACGAAAAUUCGAAGCAAUAUUAUAUUUUCUCCGUCUCACAAAUCAUGCUUAAUAAUACCCUUUGAAAAGGAAUACAGUUUUUCUCAGUACUUGUUUUAGGGACUUUUUCCUGGUGGAAUCAGCCAGUUAAAACUGGAAGCAGUGGUGGCAAUUUUCCUCUGAGAGCCCACGUUUUAAGGCAGCCUUCCCCAGCCUGGUGCUCUCCCGGAAUGUCGGGUUACGACUCCCAGCAUCCCCAAGCCAGCAUAGUGAUUGGCCAUCUUUAUGUUCUGUGUACAUCCACAUGUAUAUCUUCACAUCUCACAUAUGCACAUCUGCUUGAUUUGUCUUCUGUAAACUGCCCAGAGAGCUUCGGCUAUUUAAAUAAAUAAAUAAAUGUCUGCCAGCAUACUUACAGUUAACCUUUCAGUGAAGGCCCUGUAGCCUCCUCCCCUGGCAGCUCAAGGAAACAUGGCUUUUAUGGUAGGUAGAUUUAGUUUGCAAGUGCCACCUGUCAAAUGGAAUUGCUCUAAAAGCAUCGUUGGAGGUUUUUUCCCUCUAGAAAGCAGGAAUUAUUGGGCAGAUGUUUGGCAUUGAAAUGGCAGCCACCUGCGGAGAAUUCUGCCUGCACUGACGUUAGUAUUCCACAAGCUAGAGGACCGUGCAAAGCUUGAUGUCAAGGUUAGAUGAUUCUGUUUAUGUUGAACAAAUUCUGUUAAAAAAUAGUUCUUUGCACUUUCACUUUCCUAAAAAGCAUAUUUGUGAUUUAUUCAUUUUUAAAGGAAAACUGAAAGCAGAUUGAGUUUACAGGACAGAGCCUGUCACAGUACAAUGCCCACUCAAAUGUAAUUAAUAGAGGGCACAAUCCUGGCUGUCGCAUGCUGGGAGUUGUAGGUCUUUUUCCUGUCUAAACACGCAUACGAUUGCUUCAGAAGUUUGCUCCAUUUCAGUCAAAGAACAGCAUGAAAUGUAGCAUGAAACCUGAAAGUUACAUGGGUAAAUUUAAGUUCCGAAUUGUAUCCCUAUUGCGGAUAACCCUAACCCCCACCCCACCCCCAGAACAUGCCAUCACUUCAAAAUCUAAGUCAUCUAGACAUGGUUUGCUAACCCUUUUUUAGAGUCUUGAUAACUUGUGAAUAAUAUUUUAUACUCAGCUUUAAUUCGAAGAACCAAAAUUGCUCUUCUGUCUUGAAUGUACAGUGUUCAUAUAAAAUGUAAAUGUACUCUUCCUGUAAAUAGGUUUGUUUCUUGAACACAUUUUGUUAUCAAGAGUUUUAAGUUAUCAUGUUCGUUAAAAACAGUUUUAAAAUCUGCAGAAAAAGCUAUACAGUACAUUUUAUGUUAUUUAUUUUUGCUAUUCCCUAUAAUCAGAUUCAUGUAAGACUUCUGCUUCCCAAUUGAUUUAAAUUACAAGACAAAAUAUGCAUAUAGGCAUAUAUACAAAUCAGGACGACCUGAUAUUUUUUCUUUAGUCUCCCACAGUUCAUGCCUGGUAUCUCGCUACCCUUGUAAUGCCUCUGACAGACUAUUGGCUGGUGAAUUAAGUGCUGAUUCAGUGGCCAAUUUUGCUUUUCCCCUCCCUAUGCUUCAAAUUAGGUGCCCAUCUUUUUUAUUCUUUCAGGUGCUACAUGUACAUUCAACUAAAUGUUCAUCCAUCUAUGUGUCUGGAAUGCAUUUAAAGCAGAAUGUUUUUUGAAUGUUGAAACUGCUUCAAGGGGGAGGCAGCGGCGGCUGGGGACGUUGCUGGUUUCCACCUACUGGCGCUGUGUCCAGCUGGAUCCUGCUGCAAACCCAUAGCAACGAUUCUUCCUGAGCUUAAUCUAGGAGAAAAGAUAAUCUAACCAAGUCUGGGGAACUUUUGGCCUUCCAGACGUUGAGGGACUCCAACUCCCAUGAUCUUUGACUAUUGGUCAGGCUGGCUGGGACUGAUGGGAGCUGGAGUCACAAGUUCCCCAUUCCAGAUCUAGGUUGAAGGUUUCCCACUCCAGAUCUAAACAAGCCAUAAAAUGCACUCCUAGAGCAGGCUUGCUGCUCACAUUAUGUCUGUCUGUGGGGCUGUUCACAUGACACAACAGCCCGCUGUGGGUUAUUUAACCUAAAGUGAGGCUGCGGAGUGCUUGUGGUCACCAUUUUGCAUAUCCAACCCUCACUGGGGGUUGAUGUGUGGUGCAAACCCGGCAAGUGUGGGUUAUGUAAGGGCUAAACAAAUCUCAUAUAACUCCUUGUUUAUUUCAGGGUUACGCAAUGAUUAUUUAACCUUCACAUAAUCUAUGCUUGCCAGUUUCACAUGACUUGAUAAACCCUGAGCGGAAGUUGGUGCCUGUUAGUGCCGUGCUCAUCAUGGCUUAAAUAACCCAAGAUGAGCCACGGUGUGUCAUCCCAACCUGUCCUAUGUCUACAUCCACAACUGGACAGUUAAUGCAAGCUUGCACAAAAUUUUCCUAUUGCUUUUUAAAAAUGGGUAUUUUUAAUAUAUUUGGAAUCAGGGAUAUACAGGUUUGAACUUCUGAACCCUUUGACUGAAGGCUGCCUUACAUGUUAAGUGGCAGCAAACCUGCGACUUUCAAUCCCAACGUUUUGGCAAGUGAACCUGUGAGAUGUUUGCUACAGUUUUGGGUGCAUUCCAAAUGUUUUGUCUGCGUCCAUAAAACAGAUUUGCCAGGUCACCUGUGGCAAUAAGAAUUGCCUUUCCCAAUCUCCUGUAAAACUAGCUAUUCAGUUUUUAAGGGAGCCAGAAAUGUUUCCAUCUUCAUGAGCCUAUGACAACAUUUGCUUUUUUCUAGUCUAAAAAGCAGACGUUCCAUAUAAUUCUCUUAAUUUUCAGGAAACACUCUGUGGUUGUUGUAAAAAAAAAACAAGGCAAAAAAGUAAGGAACACUGUGCAAUAUUAGUUUACAAUACAAAAUACUUUACAUUCGCUGGAUAUACUAUAAUUAUAAUCCUGUCAAGAAUGUGCCUUCAGAUCUAUAAAUGUUAUAAUGCACCAUUAAA